CACUCUUUAGCCAAGUUCCUGGAUUCAUGGAUGCUGUGGAUGAAAAGAAAAUGGAUGCUCUCACGGUCCGAACCCAAUUUGGAGGAGAUGAAGUGGUCAAAGCCAAGGCUGGCGCUGGAAGUGCCACUUUGAGUAUGGCAUAUGCUGGAUACGUGUUUACCGAAAAUGUCUUGCGGGCCAUGGACGGAGAAGAAAUCACUCAAUGCGCCUUUGUGGAAUCCACCCUCACGGAUGCUCCCUACUUUGCUAGUCCCUGCAAGUUCGGACCUGACGGUGUCACGGAAGUGUUGGGAUACGGCGAGCUUACUGCGUACGAAAAGGGAUGGUUCGACAAGAUGUUGCCCGAUUUGAAGAAGCAAAUCCAGAAGGGAAUCGAUUUUGCUAACAACUAAUUUAGUAGUGGAGAGGAGAUAUACAGUUUAUGUAAAUGAUGAAUAAGGAAUGAUAAUAAUAAGCUGGCUCCCUUUUCGCACCUUAUUUCAAAGCCUAACACUCUCGCACCAGUUCUUGAAUGGCUAGAACCAGUAAAAGGCUAUCAUAUGUAAUGGCUAUCAUUCUUCAAAGUUCGAAGGCUGUAGGAAUGGCUUCCCUGAGAUGGGUUGGACAAACACCGCGCCGUCAAUGAGUUACAAUUUGGUGCAUCUAGACUACUCAUCUACUCCCUUCUGAAAGUUGGCUAAAGUUGAAGAGCCAAAGGCUCCUGAAAAAGUGCUUCGAGAAGUUGGAAUCGGGUUAGCAUCAAGUCCCGCUAAUGACUGACGCAGGGUGGUCACAAGGUGUUCCACAAAGAUCCACGAAACCUGCACCAUUGCGAAACUCCACAUCAUUGCUUCCAGCGUCAGCUUUGGUUCCUGCAGGCAUAGGAGGUUCUUUCUUCCAGCUCAUAAUAAUCUUUCUCGGCCCCAAAUCAACAGGGAAAGAUGGCAGAUAUUGGUUCCGACAAUCUUCCGUCUUUGGCGACAUCAAGUCCUCCAGACACUGAUAAUGAUCCUACUAAAGGCACCCAAGACGUCAAACCCAACCGCUACAGUUCCAACCUCAUCGCACGUCAGCAACGAAUUCAUGCUUUCAAAGUGGGCCUCGGCGUGCUGAUUUCCCUUCAGUUCGUCCUGAUAGAGCCCGUUGACACCUAUUUCCAGCAAACGGGUGUCUGGGCUGUCAUCACUACGGCGAUAGUCAUUUUGCCAACACCCGGAGAAACUAACCAAAAGAUGAUCAACCGAACAAUUGGAACGGUUGUGGCGGCGGCUCUGUCUAUCUUGUUGGGCAUAGCGUGCAGUGAGCUUUCCAACGUACUUUAUCCUCUUGGUCACAUUUUGAAUGCUAUGGUCAACUUUGCCGUUUGCGUGGCAGGCACUUACAUGGCCGACCAAGGUGGCACCUGGUCUUAUGCGUACCUCUUGGGUUUCAUCACAUUUGUGUUUUUAUCUGCGUCGAUCCUUGUGGAUGAUGAUGUUUGGGUUGGCGUCUUUCGAGCCGUCAUGAUUGGAAUUGGAGGCAUCAUUGGACUCCUAGUGUCCUGGCUGCCGCCCACUUUAUCUGCAACUUCCCUGGCAAAGGCAUACCUGGCAGAUGCAAUACUAGAUACCUCGCUUGCAGCCGAGGCUGUCAUGGAGACCUUUCUCCAAGGAAAGAAACUGAUUCCUAUACACCUCAUCACAGAGCCCGAGGAUGAUGACGUCUUUCACAUACUGUCUGUUGCCGUCCAAGUGUCCCGUGUUCCACUGGAAGCCGCUCUUCAAGCGAGCGCCUUUGAGGGGAUACGCGACAGUCAAGUCAAGUCUAUGCGACUUUCCGGUUUGGCAGUGCGAUUGACAUUGAGAUCACUGUUGGCAGCCGAUGUUCUGCUACGUCAAGACUACCAACCAUUGGAUCCUUCCUUUCCAGCGGAAGCCAAAUUGACACUGAGCUUAAAAGAGGUCGUUUCAUCCAUUCAUGCCACCAUGCUGUCCCAUGAAAUGGUUGAUUUCAAUGCGCUGACUGUGUCGGUGGACAAAGAGAAAUCAUGCUCUGUCAGCGACAUGCCGCUUUCGGAGGCAUUGAUUCAGUUGGAGACGUCACUGGCAGAAUACGCGCUGGAUAGGACUGGGAACCGCUGUGGUGGCGAGUGUCAGACAAUGCAAGGCUUUGCUUGCCAUGUUGCUUUUGCAAGGAACAUCCACGAUGCUGGAUCGCACUUCCUUCAAGUUUUGCCUCACCUGUUGGCAGGUGAUAUUGGUUCCACAAGUCAUGGGUCGUCCUUGGACUUAUGAUCGAUUACCUUUACAGUAGAGGACCGAUUCAGCAGUAAUUUUAGCUAGCUAGAUCCCGUAUCCUAUCUGUUCAAAUGAUUGCCGCUCGCAGCCAAAGAGGGAAAGGAUCUUAGACUCAUUUCUGACUAGGAGCUUCUUCUGCUGGCCCUUGGCUCUGAUGAGGUUUCGCCAUGUAGUUCGAGACGUCAUACCCCUUGGCCGUGGACAACAGAACCGACCCGUCCGCCAUAAGUGCUUUGGUCCACCAAGGAGUUUCAUGAGGUGUCCCAUCCUGGUCGGGCAACCAAUCCCCGUCUGCAAGGUAGCCAACAGAAGGAGCACAAGACGACGAUGAUAGCAAAUUCUCCGUCUCAUAUAAUGUUCCAUCGCAUAGCACGCCGUGCCAUCUGACAUCCUGCAACCGUCCCUCAUUGUCGAUUGUCACGAGCGUUUCGGCGACGGCAACAUCACCUCGAAAUCCAGGGCCGCGACCUCUCCCCAUGUUUUGUCUGUCACGAUUGACCCAGUUUGUAUCUCCGGAGUAGCUCGUGUCGCAGCAAAGUACCCAACCCAGUUGUAGUUGCUCGUCCUCACCAUGACCACGAGUUGUUGAUUGCGUCUCUUCAAAGAUUCUUAUUGGUAACGGCAUGUCCCCCUGAGGCUGAUGUCCUGAUAAGAUCAACUUGAUGUUGGACUGCCGAAAGAAUUCUCGGACAAGACGAGCAAAGAGCGAGUCCUCUUUGUUGUCGUCGCCUGGAACGAAUCGCAGAGGCAUUCCAUCCACGGCCCAACUCGAGUACACGACGGUGGGAUUGCGUUUUCCAUCGGGAGUCCAUCCCAUUCCAUACUGCGUCAGUUUGUAGGCUGGAAACUCUUUGGAAUAUCCACCGUUGGUAGCCCAGACGCUGCCUUUUUCUUCUGGCGGGUCAUUGUCGGCUUCUUGUUGCCAAGCGUCAAUGGAUUCCCGG